ACAAUAUCUGUCAACGAUCGCACCACACAUGACUCAAUGAUUACACAUCAGCGUUUCCACGAUCCAUCUAGCUUAUAAAGCGCAUCUACGGAUACAUCGACACGUGCUUCACUAUAAUCAUUUAUCGUGUUACGGUAACCUAGUUCCGUGAGAGACUCGCGCAAUAUUUAUAAUUAUGUGAUUUGAUUUUUUUAAAAGAUAUCAACCCUCGCGAAAGGUAUCGCGGUGUGGUUAAAAUUAGUUACAAAGAAUAGUGAUAUAAUUGUUUUGACUUGGUGAAGUGUUUUCAAACUGAAUCUAUUAUGGUGAUCCGAAUUUGGUAUUUUAUCAUCUCGAAAAUGAAAUUAUUUUUGGCCGUAAUAAUGAUUACAUCCUUAGUGAACGCUUACGAUGUGCCUUGCCCCAAGUACGGAUGUCCAGGACGACCACGUUACGAGCCUUUUGUACCUGCACCUCCAGGGCACACUCCAAAUUGCGCAAAACCGGGACAAACGUUUUGUGAAAGUCUCGAUCAUUAUCCUCGACAGUUAAUUAAAUUUCUUGUGGAUAAAUGCAGUUUUGACUUUAGCACUGUAUUGAGAGACGAGUCCAGAGAGAAUUUCAAUGUUUACAGGUCAUUUCCGGCGGGUUAUGAUUAUCCAGCGCACGGGGAUGGUCAGUUCCAUUCUGGAUUACCUUUUCUACCGCCAUCUCAAUAUCCCGGUCAAGAAACUACGCUUCUUUAUGGAACCCCUUUGAACGACACUCAUGGCUACAAGUACACUACACCGGCUCAAGGGAAUCCAUUUCUUAGCGAUGAGUCUUUCAAAUAUCAUUCUGAAGGACAAAGAGUUACGUCGGAUCAUCCCUUCUACACUCAAUCUCAACCUUUGAACGCCUUUGGACAGGCGCAAGCAUGGUGGACGAACAGGUAUGUGCGAAAUAGUAAACUUACACCUCGUUCACUAUAUGAAAAUCCCUUAUUGAAAUACAGUAAAUUGAGCAAGAGGCGUAGAAAAAGGCAAUCCGAUCCUGAUGCGAUCUCACUUUGUCCAACUGAGACACAGUAUAUCACGCCGAGAGCAGCUCUGAAUAAUCAAGGAAACUGGAUGUAUGUAGUGAAUCUCGAAGAGAAUCAGAAAUAUUCGCAGGUAGUAAGGAGUGAAAAAUGCACAAUGGAUGUCUGCAAUGGUAUUUGUUCUGUUCCUACGGGAUAUACCAGCAGAUGUCAGCAGCAGUAUGUUCAAAAGCGAUUAGUAGCCUUACAAGGAAACGGAAACCAGUUGUAUACUGACAUAUUCUGGUUCCCUCAUGGUUGUUCAUGUGAAAUUAUUGCAAAUUACUGAAAAAUCAAUUAAAUCUUGAAAUUGAGAAAAAUUUAAAACAAUUGCAUUUUCGUAUGAAAAUGUAAUAUUAUAAAAUCUUCGAGAUGGAGAAAUUAUCUCGUUAAUUUGAGCUUUCAAAGCGGAGAAUCGCUAUGGUAGUUAAUUGAUGAAGUGAAGGACGAGGCUCGAAAUAUAUGAAUUUCGAUGUCCUAUAUGAAUAAACAACU